AUGAACACUGAGGGUUCAGCAAAUCCAAAUCGCACAUUCAGAUCACAUGAUCGUCACCGAGUGACUAGAGAUUCGCGGUGGGGUCUCAACAAUACCUUCAACCAAUCCACCCACUGCCUUCUUGAACCAAUUCCUGGUUAUCCGGUGCAAUUCAAUCUGUUGCAGAUGCUCGAGGCAUGGCCCAUUGAUGAAAUAAAUGGCCCUGAAGCGAGACAGGAUACCUCGUAUCAAAGCUUGUGUGUAUUUCAAUGGAGCAACGCACUUGAUCGAAAGAAGAUGGAGCGCUAUCGCAAACUGGAACUUCCAUUUAUCAUGGCAGGAGAUCCAGAAGUAUUAGAAGCCGCGCAUCGAUGGAACAAGCCCGGGUAUCUGGUCAAAAUGUUGGGUCAGAAUACAAAGUACACAACAGAAUACAGCCCCACGAAUCAUUAUAUCUACGUCAACCAAAUUCUGAAAGCUCGAUACAAGGGCGACCGGAAGAAAAGAAAGAGAAAUCCUGGACUACCGGAAGGUGGAAAAGAGGAGGACAAAACACUCAACAUAACGAACACAAUUGUACAAAUGACAUAUCUUGAGUGGCUAGCUCUCGCUCACGAAACAGAAAAUGCAACUAGGGCAACAUCAAGAGACGCGGGACCUCAAUCUGAUUCGGAGAAGCCUCACUGGUAUUUCAAAUUCAUGACUUGCGGAACUUAUGAAAAAGGUGAAUGUAAAAGCACAGCCAAUGUUACUACCUCAAGGCUUGCGACCCUAGGAACAGAACUCCGUUGUUUGUCGGAUCCGAAGUCUUUCUACAUUAUCGAAGCGGACAAGCAAAAGGGACGAAUCCAAUGUAAAUUUGGAAUGGCAGGGAUCACAUCACAAGCGCACUUUGAUACGCCCCGCAAUUUUCUAGUUCUUUUGGGUGGAAAACGGCGAUACAUUCUCAGUAGGCCUGGCAGUGGCAACUAUGCGAACUUUUACAUUCAUUCGGGCGCUCACCCAUCGGCCCGUCAUUCGGCAGUCAAUUGGAGUACUCCCAACCUCACAGAGCAUCCGAUGUUCGCCAAGGCCAGGGCUACAGAGGCUGUCUUGAAGACUGGUGAGGUGCUCUACAUACCUCCAAAGUGGAUUCACUCCAUUGUAUCCUUAUCAAUUACUAUGCAAUGCAACUCAUGGAGUGGAUCGAAGAACAACCGCUAG